CCGAGAUAUCGCCCCCGCCCGAUUCUCGUGUCCAAUUCUCGCCCUUCUUCCUAACCGUCUCCCGCCGGCUGAAAGCUUAUAGACGCCGUCGACGGCGGCGAUGCCCGCGAUCACUUUACCGACCGCCGCCUCUUCUUGUUCUUUUCGUGGUCCCCUUGCAGCUUCUUUCCGAUCCUCCUCGUUCCUCUUGCCCCUUCGACUGUUGCCCAGCUCCGUCCACGCUUCCCUUCGGUCUUCGAGCCGGAUCAUGGCGGUAUCUGCUUGGGACGCCGGAAGGAUCCCAGUCGCCGACGUCCCGGCCGAUUCGAUGGCUGUGAAGCCGCCUUCCCACCCUACCUACGAUCUAAAGGCCGUGAUCGCCCUCGCUCUCUCCGAAGAUGCUGGCGAUCGAGGAGAUGUGACUUGCUUGGCCACUGUUCCAAAGGAUAUGAAAGCAGAAGCUCACUUCAUCGCGAAGGACGAUGGGAUUGUUGCUGGAAUCUCUCUUGCAGAAAUGAUAUUUAAUGAGGUUGACCCCUCAUUGAAGGUUCAAUGGUUUGCAAAAGAUGGAGAUCAUGUUUGCAAGGGCAUGCAGUUUGGCAAAGUAUAUGGAUGUGCACAUAGUAUCAUUGUGGCGGAGAGGGUUGUCCUUAAUUUCAUGCAAAGAAUGAGUGGAAUAGCAACACUAACCAAGGCAAUGGCAGAUGCUGCUCACCCUGCUUGCAUUUUAGAGACUAGGAAAACUGCUCCAGGGUUACGUUUGGUAGAUAAAUGGGCGGUACUAAUUGGUGGUGGCAAAAACCACAGGUUGGGUUUGUUUGAUAUGGUAAUGAUAAAAGAUAAUCAUAUAUCAAUAGCUGGCGGUGUCAUGAAUGCUUUGAAAUCAGUGGAUCAGUACUUGCAACAAAAGAAUCUUGAAAUGCCUGUUGAGGUAGAGACAAGGACCUUGGAAGAGUUGGAAGAAUUAUUGCAAUAUGCCACUAAAAAUAAAACUUCAUUGACUCGGAUUAUGCUGGACAAUAUGAUUGUUCCUCUUCCAAAUGGAGAUGUGGAUGUCUCAAUGCUGACGGAUGCAGUUCAGCUGAUAAAUGGUAAAUUUGAGACCGAGGCAUCUGGAAAUGUCACCAUUGAUACAGUGAAGAAAAUUGGAGAAACUGGAGUAACCUAUAUUUCCAGUGGAGCUUUGACACAUUCUGUGAAAGCACUUGAUAUCUCACUCAAGAUAGACACAGAGUUAGCCCUUCAAGUCGGACGGCGAACAAAUCGGGCAUGAUCCGAGCACAUUGCAUCAGGUACCUUUGUUCAAAUUUACAUUUCAAAAAGCAAGUUCCGGACAUAGAUUGUGGCUUUAACAAAGUCUCUAUGUACUUCGACAACUAAGGUUCAAAAGAUUGCACCUUUCAUCUUCUAACAAAAUAAGUAGUUUUGCAAGCAGAUACCACUAAUGUGGGCAGAUAAAAAUGCUCAAGGAACAUCACAGAUCAAAAAAUGAUGUCUUUCUGGGGUUGCUAAUUGAAUACUUGUUCCCAAUUCAGCAGUAAUAAUGUAAAAUACCACCAAAAUUGUUUGACAA